AUGGCAAGAUACGGCCGGUCAACGGAGGCUAGCACCACGCCCCCAAGGACCUCUCCGCCGCAUUGGAGUACCCUCGACGUGAAUGUGGACUCCCCCUAUGCCCGCUCGACGUACGCCGCGGGUUCGUCCCCGGUACCACUGGAGUACAGCCACCAUUACAGUACCCCACUUCACCCCUCUCCAUCCGGCUACACUCAAACCGAAAUCACUUCGGACGUGGAAUUGGCAGACGAAACCACCACAAACGUGGGGUUGGAGGGUCUCGUACACUCCAUGCCCCAUGUCAGGACCGUGGGCCAGUAUCUCUCCUUCCGGGAAGAAUCCCCCCAAAUGCCCUCCCGUAGUGGCGACAGUCAGGCGAACCCGAUAACGAUUGACGUCGAGACUGACGCCCCUUCGCUCGCCCGGCAUGCCGUCAACCGCACGCUGCAGGCCGGCAUGUCUCUAAACGAAGGUAUUCGCGCUGUCCGUAGUCCCCGCGCGCCUCCUUCCAUUUCUACUCCGUCUCCCCCGCCACCCCCAGCCAGGAGACUGGGCCACUGGCGUCAUCCUGUAGAGAGAACAGUCCGCGGCUUGCCCAACAGGACUAGACCCAGCACGGGGCAUGCGAAAGCGCGGCGAAUCGACCACCACAAGUGCAACAUUUGCAACAAAUGGUGCACCAGCAGCAAGCGCUUGCGCAGUCGCCGGAAGACCAAGAAGCACAGGAAGGAUGAUGCAGAAACAGAUACGGCUGCGUCCGGCCCCAAGCGCUUACGCGGAACCAAGGACACCGUCGUUCGUGUCCCUGGUCAGAGGGGCGUCGCAGUUGUUAAAUCCAGCAGAGAUCGCCAAGAUGAUGGAUCGGGAGUCUACGAGCAAGCAAGUCAGCCCGAAGCCAGUUCCGCUGGCAGCGCCGCACGUGACGUUGCCGCUAUCUGCGCAGCCAAGGUGGUCACCGAAGAACCAUACCCGGCCCGUGCCACGAUUGGGGUAACAGGUGGCACCAACACUGUGCUCAGACGCACCAGCAACGACUCCAAUGCCGUGACCAGGGCAGUGUGCAGCUCCCAGGAGGUCAUCGAUGUCGAGGCUGACACGCCGGUGACAUUCGUACCCAACGCCAGAUGCCCGAUAACGGGGACAUUUCCUGAACACCCGCGCCAGCUCGCAUGCGGCCACGUGGUCGACGGAGAGGCUAUGCACGACUAUUGCCAAGUGCACCGUGAUCAGUACAAGAAGUGUAUGUGCACACCCCAGCGCCGCCGUCGCCGUCGCAGACGCAAGGGACUACUAUCACGUGUUUCGAAAACACCACUAACCGAGCCAGGGGACGAAUCGGAAGGGACCACCAUGGACAUGUCUUGGAGGAAGCUGGCGUAUCCGUGGCCGCGGUGCCCAGAGAUAGGCUGCAGCACGGUGAGUGACUCGGUUCCCUGGAAUGGACGACGAAUGCCGCUAACGUGUCCUGCUCAGUGGGUUCUUGAUUACCAGACGUUUCCAAUGUCGAAGCACGAGGUGCAGGUACUCAGGGAGCGGUAUGAGCUGCAGGAGCAGGCAAGGGCCAACAGGAGGGAGAGGGGGAGGGAGAGGGAGACCAUCGCUCUAGAAUAG